CAGGCAUUGGCCGACCCGACAGAGUAUGAAAACCUAUUCCCAAAUUUUGAGGAUUCACUGAAAGCGCAAACAUUUUUGGAUAAAAAACGCGAAGCGAAUGGCUUUGAAAAGGCGUCUAAUUUUCCCAACAUUUCAUACAAUCACGAAAGGAAUCCAAUCGAAGAAAUGAAAGCAGAAGCGAGUGGUGUUGAGUACAAUCCACACAACAAUAUGUCCCGAAACUCGAUGAGUGCCAGUAAAGAGAGCGCAGACUUUGAAGAAGCGCUCUCUUCUCUGCCGAAGGAAAGGGACGGUAAGGCAGAGCCUAAAGAUAAUUCAUUAGAGGAUUUGGACGAAGACUUAGACAACUUAGACCUCGAGGACGAUAACAUCGAUGUAUCGGACGUUAAUCUGGACGAAGAUCUCAUAAGCGAUGAUUAAAACACCAUUUAUUGAAUUAAUUUUGCAAAGAAUUUAAUUUCUAUGUUUCUAUACAGUAAUCGAGUGAACGAUUGAUGAAAUCACAUGUUAUUUGAAAUACAUUUUAUAAUUUAUGUAAUAAAAA